AUGGAGGCCUCGCUCCCCGAGGGCGUGCCACUGGACGACAUUCGGCUCGUCCCGGACCAGGACGUGCCCCUGCCACAUGACGUCAACAUAGGCUUGGUGCUUGAGAUGGGUGGCUGGCCGGACCGGGACUCCUCGACGUUCGCGAGGAAGGUCGAGCCGCUGAUGCGGGGCUACGCGAAGGUUUUCCGCGAGUUCCGGCUCACUGGCGACUUCAUGACGGAGCUGGACCCGGCCUGGAAGCCGUACGCGCACCAGUGCAGAUACCUCUUCCAGACGUACUACUGCGCAGCGGGGGCGAUGCGCAGCAUGCUUGCGAGCAGCAAGGACCUCGACGGGUUCAUCCUCCUGCAGGCCGACGGCUACGUGAACCCGCGCAGGAUCAUCAACCUGCCCCGGGACGCGAUCUGGCUGCAGAAGCGCCCGGACCUGGGUCCCGGGGCGGCGUGCCGGCACGUCGCGCGCCCGCCCAGCAACGGCCCGGACGCGGGCUUCACCGAGUACAUGUGGUACACGAUGCGCAUCGACACGCUGAACAGCGAGCUCACGCAGAUCGAGGCGAUCGAGCGCUUCUGGUCCAAGCAGCUCGACAAGGGCUAUUUGAAGCCGGACGCCAACGGCCACUUUCCCCUCAAUAGGACGCACGUGAUUUGGGACGACAUCAAAUACGUCCCCGCCGCGGCGGCGCAGGAGUUCAUGGAGCUCGCGGACGACGCGCACGAGCUGGGGUUGUUCCACGAGAUCGGCACGCCUGCGAUCCUGCACACGCUCAUGCAGCACCGGGGCACGGAAUGCUACGAGAUGGACUCGGCGGGGACCCCGGGCGACGCGGUGUACUGGCAGGACAUGCGGCCGUCGGACGCGGGACACAAGCUGUUCUGCGAGUUCCCCUUCCACAUACACAUGGCGGCGUAUAUCUUGUACGACUUGCCGUACGAGGGGCCGCAGGACCUCAACGAGGCGUACCCGAAGGAGUGGGACGCCAACCGGCCGGUGGAGCGGGAUCCUGAUCGAGAUUGA